GGUGAGUGGUUUCUGGUCUUAUCUUGUAUCUGAUGAUAGCAUAAUAACACAACAAAAUUAGGUUAUAAGCAAGACAAGAAAAAAGUGUUUGAGGGAGGGAGGGAAAGUAAAUAAAAACUGCAGGACAGGUGGACCUUUAAAAAAUCUCUUAAUUGUCCAGCCAGUAUCUGAACAUCAGCAAAGGAGAAAAUGGAACUAAGUGCAUCAGAAAAGCAAAAUGUGAAACAAGGAAACGAUAACGGGGCUUUUGAAAUGGAGAACCAUAUAAACAUCAAUGUGGAAUGUGGCCCAGGAACCACAACCCAUACAUCCGGCAUGACAGACAACAACAAAAAGUUGACAGGCUUUCUUAUUUAUUUGCAUUUAAAUAUUCUUUUGUUCGAACUCAAUUUUCUGAUUAUACACUAAUCUGAGCUAAUGUGUAUUACAUUUCUCUUUUCCAUCUCCACCUUAUUGUGUGUCCUUUGUGAGAUCAGCUUCCUUGAGAAGAAACUUAAAGGACUUCAGAGCUUUUGGGCAAGGCACAAAAGCCAGGUUCGACUGAUCAUGAACCUGGUUUUAGCAGCAGGUUUGAUAUUCGUUAAAAUAUAACUUAAGAAGAAGGACUGGUUGUCUCUGUCUGCAAGCCUUAAGAUGUCAACUUAAUGUUUUGGUACUAAGAGAAAAUAUUAGCUUUCUUAAGUUUUACUAUAAUUUAUUUGUCUCUCCAUUCUAAAGCAGAUAAACGUUGUAACAGGCAAAUACAUCAACAAAAUAAGUGUUACCUCAUUUACUUCAAAUUGAAUAAGUGAGACUAUGGAAAAGUAAUCAUUUAAAAAUGCAAAUUAUCCACAUCCUUUUAUCUGUUUUAAUACUUUCAAUCUAUGUGUCAAAAAGUCAUAUAAUAAAAUGAUCACUAUUAUAAAGGAAUAUAGGGCUAUAGAUGUAAUAGUUAUUAAUUACAUAUUUGCUUUAGGCUUUGUUGCCAUGGUUACUGCAGCAUGUAUUGUGAAGUUUCAUCGUGCUGUGGGGCUGCUGGUCAUCUCCUUGGUAACCAUAUUCUUCCUGGUUUGGGAUUGGAUGAUGGAGCGGUAUGGCGACCAGGUGUGGGAGGUUCUUGCUCCAGUCAAAAACAUUCUCAAAAGAAAUUGGGUUUGGUUCAGAUGGAUCCUGUAUGUGUUGCUUCUGGCAGCUGUGGUUUGUUGGCUCGUCCUUGACACGGCCCAGCGGGGCACCAGACAGUUGUUGUCCUUUGGUGGUUUGCUGUUUCUUGUCUUUUCAAUGAUGGUUUUCUCCAAACACCCAUUCAAGUGGUCGUGGCGAACUUUGCUCAGUGGGAUUGGACUACAGUUUAUCUUUGGUCUGCUUACCCUUAGGACUGAGUUUGGUUUACAAGCAUUAACUUGGGUUGGAAACAAAGUAGAGAUGUUUUUGUCAUUCACAGAUGUUGGAUCACAAUUUGUCUUUGGUGACAAUUACACAGACCACUUUUUUGUCUUCAGGGUGAUGCCCAUAUUGGUUUUUCUGAGCUCUGUCAUUUCCAUCCUUUACUAUGUUGGCUUCAUGUCUUGGCUGAUUUGCAAGAUUGGAUUUGUGAUGCAGGUUACCAUGGGAACGUCUCCAACAGAGUCAAUGGCCGCAGCUGGAAACAUAUUUCUGGGGCUGACGGACUCGCCUCUCCUGAUUCGCCCGUAUAUCAGUGAACUGACUGUCUCAGAGAUUCAUGCUGUGAUGACUGGAGGCUUUGCCAGCAUCUCCGGCACCAUUUUGGGAGCUUAUAUCUCAUUGGGGGUUGAUGCAACACAUUUGUUGACCGCAUCUCUCAUGUCUGCUCCAGCCUCUUUGGCUAUUGCCAAGACAUUCUGGCCUGAAAGAAACAAGACUGUUUUGAUUUCUAUCAAGGACCUCAAACUCAUUAAUGGAGAGAACAAAAACUUGUUAGAAGCAGCGUCUCAAGGUGCAUCUCGUACUGUUCGUUUGGUAGGGAGCAUCAUAACAAACAUCAUUGCCUUCCUGGCACUGCUGGCCUUUUUAGACUGCAUCCUUUCCUGGCUGGGUGGGUUGUUCGAUUAUCCUCAGCUCAGCUUCUCGCUCAUCUGCUCCUAUGUGUUCAUGCCCUUGUCCUUCAUGAUGGGUGUUUCCUGGGAUGACAGCUUCCUUGUUGCUGAACUGAUUGGGUUAAAGACAUUCCUCAACGAGUUUGUGGCUUAUCAGAGGCUGUCAGAGUUCAUAAAGAGGAGGGAGGCAGGCGGGCCGGAAUACGUGAAUAACAUUAAGCAGUAUAUCUCUGUUCACUCAGAAAUGAUUGCAACCUACGCUUUGUGUGGAUUUUCGAAUAUUGCUUCCCUUGGGAUGUCUAUCGGGGCACUGACUGCAAUGGCUCCAAACAAGAGAUCUGACAUCUCCAGGGUUGGACUAAGAGCUCUGAUUGCAGGCAGUGUUGCUUGCUUCAUGACAGCCUGUAUUGCAGGUAUGUUAUACAUCCCUGAUUGUCCACUUUUACUGAACACAGAGUUCAACAACACCAAUGUAACCAGUCGUGCAGAAAUCCUUCAAUGCUGUACUCAACUUUAUAGCAGCGUGACGUUGUAUGAGCCAUGGAACGUGACGGCUGGGGGAGGAUUCACCCAGAGCAGCCUGCGGGGUUGCUGCGCACUCGCACCCCCAGAACAUUUCAACUGCAGUCUGGCACAGUGAAUACGGGUAAACAAGAACCGCAAUAGCAGUAGAAGUGUCAGUCAUUUUUGAAAAUACAUUUGAAAAAUAAUGAGUAAUUGGGUAUGGCCAAUGACAUGUAUUUGCAAAAGAAAUAAUUAAACAUCAUUUCAUUUACACACGUAAAAUUGAGAAGUAUUUUCAAUUUUCAUUUUUAUUCUAAUAGUAUAAAAGAUAUGUCCAAUCAAAGCAUGUCCAAUUAACAUAUUCUGGAUUUUAUUUUAUUUGUUUGCCCUACAUUGUAAUGCUUUUAUGCAAUUGCUGCAUUUUAUUCCCAAAAAGCACUGCUGGGGUAUUUAGUAAAAAGUAAAAAUUUCUUGUUCUGUGUGUAACGAAUUUAUCAUUAGUUUGUGUACUUGUGCCUCAACUCUUUGAUUUAACAGAAAACCCCAUAAUUAAGAGUUUUGAGAUCUAACCAUUUAAAGAAAGAAGAUUUUGAAUGCAUUUAGCCAAAGCAGAGCUAUGACUCACUGCACAUUUUCUUGCUUUUCUGAUGAGUAGAUUUGUAAAUUAGCCAGUAGAUGUCCCUAUUGACUUUCAGUUCUCCUCCAACAAGGAGCUUAACGCUUCUCCUCAGGCCUGCUGAUGCCAAGAAAGGGUAACUGGUUUGACUUUCAGUCCAACGUUCCAAGAAUGUGGCUCAUUAAAACUGACCAAAAGUGAUACACAUGGUCUGCCCACGGAACAAAGAGGAAGCUGUUGGGCUGCGUAUUUCUGACAUAUGCGCGAGUGAGACAGGCAUGCAGUCAUAGAAACAGCAAAUGACACACUCGUCAUUAAAAAAGCGCAUGAGUAAAAGGUCAUAUGGCUCCCUCUUCGUGGGCAGGAGGACUGUUCACACAAGUAAAUUUCACACAUCCAUUGAGAAGGAACAUUAAAAUGAGCCGUCAAAGACUGACACUUUGGGAAUUUUAAGACUUUGUGUCACCCUCAGUCCUUUCAUAAAGAAUUAGAGCUUUAGUUUACGUUUUUGAGAAAUAAAGCCAUGUUUCUAGUUCAAAAAACUUUUAUUAUUAAAGUAUUAGGUGCCAAAAAGAGCACAACAGAAUUUCUUUUUGUCUUUUUUUUGGGUGUUUGUGCACUUAAAAAAUAAACAUUUCAUCGCUAUGAAAGCACUAAAAUUUAUGGUGACUCAUGACCUCAAAAACACCUUAAAUUUGACCCAAAAAAACUAUCUAAUUAAAUUUUUUUUCUUUUAUGUAUUUUUUAUCUUUUUCUAUAUUAAAGAAACAAAACUGAGCCUUUUUUUAGGUUAUGUCACCAAUAUAUUCUGUUCUAACAUUGUAUUUAACCGAAUUUAAAUACAUUUAAUUAAUUUUGCUUUGGUGUUUCUAUUUUUACUGUUAGUCUUUGAGUGUUUGCAGAGCUAACAAAAUAUUUUGUUGACAGGCAAUAAUACCAGUUAAUAUCAGCUUUAUUUGGAAAGGUAAAUAAAAUACAUUAAAACAUCACACAGAAAUUAGACCUGUUGAACCGUAUUAGGGCUAAAAUAAGUAAAAAGUGUCAAAGGUGGAAUCGUUAUGGUAAUAUUUAUUCUUGUUUAAUGAACCUUUUUUUGAAAGACGACAGUCAUGUUUUCUUUUCAGUCUUUACAACCCAUUUCCAUCUAUUUAUUUUUUGCAAAUGUAACAUCAAAAAAAAGAUUCCUGGGAAAAAAACAUUUGAUGUCAUAGAAUUCCAUGAAACACACUCUGAAGCAUUAAGGAAAUUAAUUAAAUUUUACACAAGUUUAGUGUUAUACUUUCUAUAACUGGGUUACACAAUUUGAAAACGGAAGUUUGCAUUUUUCCUUAUGAUCGUUAAAUGCCACAAAGAUGAGAAGCUGUGCCAAAAAAGUCGUGCAGGAAAAUGUUCAAUGAUUUGUUGUGGAUUUAUUUUCUUGAUUCAAUGGCCUUUCUUUGGAUUUAGAUUUUUGACUGGUUCGAACCAAAUAAUUGUUAUAUUGUGAAAAAUACAAUUUUUACCACACAGCAGAUGUUUCGAUAUAAAUCUAUAAAAGUGGGUAGAAAAUGAACAGCAUGCAUUUCUGUUUAACAUAAAUGUCAUUUCCCCUCUCUCCAAACCUCAAACUCGCUUUCUACAUCUGCAAGAGAAUUUUUUAAGUAUUUAGUAAAGUCUGGUGUAACAGUACAGUGAAGAAAAACUCAAGGAAUGUAAGAAAAAAACAUUUUAAGAAAGAAAAUGAGGGAAUUUCCCCACUUGUUGACAUUUGUCCAUGUCAAAGUGCCUAAAGAUGACAGCAAAAUAUUAGAACUACCUUUUAAAUGAGUUUAAUAAACAAAAAAAACCAGACAGAAAGUGUUGCUGACAGUCUAAUGAACCUACAGUUCACACACAUUACCGAAAAAACUAUUGCAAUUAAUCACUUUUCCAGAGGAUUUGCACUUCUGCAAAACUUAAACAGUGGUUUAAUUGCUUGUUGACACAUAAUCACGCAGACAUGUCUUUUUGAGAAAUCAAACAGCAGAAUCCCUGACAAACAUGUUCACACAAGCAGAUGAUUUGGAAACAUAAUUGUGUUGGACAGGGGUCAGACAUGUUUCCAGAACAAGUACAAAGCACAGAAGCAGUAAUCAGAUCAGAAAGAUUGACAUUCACACAAUGGGCUCCCUCUCAUCUCAUUUUGUGUGCAAUUUUGCAAAGGGUUCAGACUAAAAA